AUGACCGAACAACGCGUGCCUGCCUGGAAAAGACUGGGCUUGAGUCUGACAAAUGCCAAAGACACCGCCCCGCUACCUGCUUCUCCUGCUACUUCGACCAAACGUUCUCGAGAUGAUGCCGAUACUCCCAAGGGUUCCAAGAAGCAGAGACUCGACCAAUCUCAGAAUGGACCCAAUGUAUCUAGCCCUGCACAAAAGCAGUUGCAGUCUUCGUCAGUAGCUCCGAUAUCCAGUCCGAUGCCCUCCAGAUUACGGGCUUCACCAGAGAAGUCGAUCCUAGCCACACCCAACAGCAAGCAAGGCCAUCGCAAGUCCGUCGUCUUCUCGAACGACACCAAGAAGCAAGACGGAGACAGUGCUCAGACUUACUUCCAGGCCUGGGCUAACGACGAACUCGAUUAUUACGCUCAGAAAGCCGCCGCUUACGACGCUGCCGAAGCAGCAAAGGCCGCCGAGAAAAGCAAGAUUGAGGAAUCUACAAACUCUGCAUCAACUCAACCUGAAGUUACUCAAGAAACCGACCUGACAUCCAAGACCGCGGACAAGGAGAGCAAGAGUGCGGCUAAGGAGGAGAAGAAGAAGGCAAAGAAGGAGAAGAAAGAGAAGAAGGAAGGUCAAGCAACCAAGGCAGACGAAGAGACAAUGAACAAGGACGACGCACCACAAACAACCUCUGAACCCAAAACACCUGCCGUCAAGAAGGUCAAAGUACGCACACCAAAGGACAACACCAACAAGCCAGUACCUGAUUACGUCCGUUACCUUGAGCAAUACCACGACGACCGAUCCUCAUGGAAGUUUAACAAAUCCAAACAGAACGACUUGCUCAAAAACAUUUGGAACACCUACCGCGUCCCUCCAACCUGCAACGAAGCAUUGGUCGAGUACCUUGACGGACUACAAGGAGCAGCCGCACGCCAGCGUCUACGUCAGGCAGCUCAGUCCGCAAACAUUGACAUCGUCUCCUUCAUCCGCUCCGAAAUUCCAGAAGUCAAGGACGAACCCAUGGAGACCGCAGAGGCCAGAAAGGCUGCUUACGACACUGCUCUUGAGAGACAGAAGGAGAUUUUGCGCAAGAACGGCAUCGAUCCAGAUCCGGAAAAGACCAAACUCCUCCAAGAACAGAAGGACUACGAUGAACGUGUACAACUGGUCUGGAACACCAUGAACAAGGGUGAACCUCAGCCAGUCGCAAGAGCAGCACCUGCCGUCAAGGAGGAGCCCAAGGUCGACACUGCACGCUCCAUGCGCAAGAAGAGAAAAUCGAGAACCGAUGUCUCUAGUAGCGAAAGCAGUGAUAGCAGCAGCAGCGAUGACAGCGACAGCAGCGAUAGCGACAGUGACAGCGACGACAGCAGCAGCGACAGCGAUAGCGAGGACGAAAAGCCUGCAGCAAAGAAGGCCAAGAUCGCAAAACUCGAGGCUCAGCUCGCAGACGCAAAGAUUGCAAAACUCAAGGCCAAACUCGCAAAGGCCAAGGCCACGAAGGCGAAGAGCACAAAGGGCAAGAAGGCUAAGGCCGAGUCCAGUUCCUCCGAGAGCGACUCUUCGGACAGCGAUUCGGAUUCAUCAUCAAGUUCUGACGACAGUUCCGAGUCAGAUUCCUCGUCUGACGACUCGGACAGCGAUUGA